AUGCUAUUGAUUUUUAUCAUCUUAAGUAUAACUAGCUCUUAAACCCUCGUUUAUUCAGCCUUUAGCGAUACUAAUCUAACUGGCAUUGAUGGUAAAUAUAUAUUUUGAGUUUAGAUUGGAAUUUCCAAAACAUUGACUCUUCUGUCACAAAAAUAACUAAGUGUGGCUCAGCAAAAAUUAUAGGAGGCUAUGAUAAAUUUGCACAUAAGCAAGCUGCUACAAAAUUAUUACAAUUACCUCCUCAUUAUAGAAUGAAAAUUUCUCUAACCCUUUAUAUGUAAGCUCUUAUACCUAACCUAGAAUCGACACAUGGGAUUCCAAUGAAUUCUUCUAAGUAUAUGUAGAUCAACUGCUAGCGUACAAUGUUAAAUAUUCAGGUCUAACUGGCACAGAAAAUAUAUGUGGACAGGUAAAUAGAAACGAUUCAAUUCAUUAAAUAUCAAUGGAGUUAGAUCAUACAGGAUUGACAACCUUCAUCUACUUAACUAGUACAUUGAAUGGUGACGCUAGGGAUGUAUGAUUAUUCAUAAAUAAAGGAAUCUUGGGGCUUUAAGAAUUUCAAACUCUAUCUUUUCCUAUGUCCUCCAGAAUGCCUUGCUUGUACUAGUCAAGAUACGGACGUUGAUUGUAACACAUGGAUGUUAGCUCAUUCCUCCUAUACAGAAUUUAAUUUUUUAGACUUUGUUACGGAUGGAUGGAUUGUUACAGGUGGAGAUAAUGAUAAAUAAAAAUGUUUGAGUAAGAGAUUGAUAUUUAAUAUUAGAUAUUCCUACUAUUUGUGGAAAAGGAAAAUGUGGUAAAGGUACUAGUUUGAAUUUGAUUUUAUCGAACUUGCCACUUCAUACAUAAAUGAAAAUAAAACUAAAGUACCUCAGGAAUGGCAGUUGGGAAUGGACAGAUCAUUUUAAAACAACGGUUGAUGGGGUUCUAAUAUGGGAAUCAGCACUAACCUCAUUGCCUAAUUAUUUAUAUGGAAUCUGUGGCAUUGAUUACUAAGAUGUAUUUAUUAAUAUAGAUAUGACAUUUCCUCAUUAUGAAAAAACUCCAGAAAUUUUCAUUACAAAUAACUUGGAUGAAUCAUAUUCUAAUGAGUCCUUCGGAGUAAGAGACAUUUAAAUUUUAAUAAGUAUAAAAAACUAUUAAUUUAGAAAGAGCAAAAUGUGGUAACAAUGUUGUUGAAUAGGAAGAAGAAUGUGAUGACGGCAAUUUAUCUCCAUUUGAUGGUUGCUUUGGCUGUAUGUUUUAAUGUGUGGAUGGAUGUUCCGUCUGUUAAAAUAUGAUCUGUCUUGGUUGUUUUAAGGGUUGGACUUAUUUAGAAUAUGAAUUUAAGUGCGAAAAACAAAUUUAUUAGCAAUUAUCUAUUAUAACUGUUCAAGAAGAAUAUACUUAACCUUAAAGCUUUCCUUCAAUUGAUAAUUGUGAAGUUUCUUUAUUAGAAAUCUGUAUUGUAUGUUAAAAUGGUUUUAUUUUUAAUUAAUUUACUAGCAAAUGUGAGUCAAUUUGUAAAGAUCAAAUUGCCCCUUAAUAGGAAUUAUGCCAGUAUUCCUAUUUAUCAUCACAUUGCAAUAGGUGUUAUUUGUAAUGCAUUGAUCAUUGUUUAUAAUGUAAUUCAGGCAUCUGCUAAGUAUGUGAGAAUGACUAUUUUUUGGAAGAAAAUUAUUGUUUUUAAGUUGAGAAAAGAAAUUUAUGUUAGCCUUAAUGUUAGAUUUGUGUUGACAAUAUUUGUUAUAAAUGUGAAAUUGGAUAGAUUUUAAUUUUAGGUUAGUGUCAGAAUAUUUGUGGAGAUUAAAUAGCAUAGUACGCUCUUGAGGAAUGUGUUUGUGAUCUAAAUUGUUAGGAAUGUAUAAAUACCAUUUGUUAUUCAUGUAAGAACAAUUUAAAAUUACUUGAUAACUAAUGCAUCGGUACUUGUGGAGAUCUUGUAGUUUAAGACUCUGAAGAUUGUGAUGACGGUAAUGAUAUCGAAUUUGAUGGUUGUUUUGAUUGCCGUUAUUCUUGUCCAAUAGGAUGCAAUAACUGCGAGAAAGGAAUCUGUCUAGAUUUAUGUUUGAAAGGAUUUUAUUUUAUGAAUAAUUCCUGUUCUACAAUUUGUGGGGAUUCCAUCAUAGCAGGCAAUGAAUAAUGUGAUGAUAAUAAUACUUCAGAAUAUGAUGGAUGUUAUCUAUGCAAAUUUUCAUGCCCUCUGAAUUGUUAUGAAUGUAUCGAUGGUACUUGCAACAAUUGUAAUGUUGGAUUUCAACUAAAUGAAAAUUAAUGCUCAAAUGUAUGUGGAGAUGGCAUAUUGUAAAAUGAAGAAGAGUGUGAUGAUGGAAAUCUAGAUAGUGGGGAUGGAUGCUCUAAAAAAUGUUAAGUGGAAAUUGAUUGGAUCUGCAAUUAAGACACUGAUUGCACAUUUAUUAAGUAUCCUUAGCUUAUUUGUGAAUUUAUCCAGCAGAAAAAUUAGUACUAAUAUGCUAGGAUUAAAUUCUCUAAGGAUGUUUAAUUACUUUCAGAUAUAAAUUUUAAAAAUGCCAUAGAACUCUCAAUCAUUGAUUUGAAUCAAACUUAUUAUAAUAUUACCUUAAUGGAAGUUCAAGCUGCUUAGUAUUAAGUUUCAUCAUAAGUAGAAUACACUCUAUAAAUUGAGAUCUUUACUAAUUUAAUAAAGUAGCCAAUAUUAACAGUCAAAUUAACAUAAUAAUUAUACAAUGAUAAUCUAGCCCCUCUAGUAAAUAUGGUGGAUUAUUUGCAAUUAAAUUAACCGAAUUAUUUAACAGAUUAAUAGGUUUAAAUAGCUCAGGCAAUAUAAUUUGUUAGUAAAGUAUCUUUUCUAUCUAUAUAUGCUUUAUCAAUUAUUUUAAUUCUUUUAGGAAAUGCACUUUCAUUAUGGGGAAUGCUGGAUGCCCUUUAGUAGUAAUCAUAUCUUAAGUUUAUCAAUGUUUUAUAUCCUUAAACUUUGAUUAUUUACUUCCAAUCAUCCGAAUUGAUAUCAAUGUAAUCCUUGUUAGAUAGCAUCGGAGAUUUAAGUCAGAAUACUUCUUUACUUUCAUUUCCCUAUAUAGAAUCAUAUGAAAAAUUUAAAUUUUACUAAGUCAAUGCAGAUAUAACGGAAGGAUUUAGAAGUGAAAUUAUAGUAUUCCUCACGUUACUUUUUUUUUAUAUGAGUAGUUUAUUAUUUGUGAGAGUUAUUUCAAUCUUGGAGAUGAGUUCACUAUUAUAAGGCUUCCCAAGGUUUGUUCGUUUUUUACAAAGAUAGAAAAGAAAACUCAAUAAAUUGAUUAAGAAAUGUGACAGAAGAUUUAUCCAUAAUACUUUGCUAGCUUGUAGUUGGGAUCUUAUUUUUAUGGCAAUGCUUGAAAUAUCCUCCAACCAUGAUUUUUCUUCUUCUAGAACUUAUGUUCGUCUAACUAUUACUUUUAUAAUAAUUAUCGUAAUUUUCGUUUUAAUCUUAUAUUAAAUGACUGGAUUAAUUACUUGGAAAAGAUAAAAUUUAGACCAAUAUUGGUUUGAAAAAUAAGCCUUUUUUCUUUUAAUAAAAAAGAUUUUAAUUAUAUUAGUCCUUGUAUUUUGCCAGUGCGAGUAGAUACUUUAAACUUUGCUUAUGACUUUAAUCAAUGGAUUCUAUUUAAUGUAUGUAAUUAACACGAAGGCUACUGAAGAAUUUGAGAUUUAAAUCAAAAAUAUAAUAAUGGAAGCAUCCCUAACAUUAUUUACUGCAUCUACAAUCUUAAAUUGGGAUAUUUUGUAACGAUACUUUGAAUAUAACUUUAUAAUUAUAGUGAGUUGGAUUUAAAUAUUUCUUUUAGUAAGUGUUCUAAUUUCAUAUCUGUUUUUCGAGCUUUACGAUUUUAUCAAUUUAAUUAAAAGUAAAAUUACAAAAAUACUUGAAAAAAGAAUACGUAAACUUUCAUCUGAUGAAGAGCAGCAAUCAUAAAAUAAAGCAAAUGAACUAUAAAAGGAAAAUUUCUAACUUCGAAAAAAUAUAUAUUCAAGAGUGGAAACUUUUUAUCAAAUACAAAUUAAAAAAUGA